AUGGAAGUCUUGGAGAGGAACCGCAUCUGGUCGGACAUGCAGCGCUCUCGCCAGGAGAACGAGCAGCGCCGCCGGGAGCAGGCCGCCCGGGACAACAUGGACGACCGCCUCAUUGACGUCUUACUACGUUCCCGGGCCAGGGUCGAGCAGAAGCGGAAGCAGACGGAGAAGGACGGAGACGAAGGAAGACUUGGAGAGGAAUCGCAUCUGGUCGGACAUGCAGCGCUCGCUGUAGGAGAGCAAGCGAUCAGGGAGAAUAGGGACAACUGCCUCAUUGACGUCUUGCUACGCUCCCGGAAGAGGAAGCAGACUGAGAAGGAUCGCGGUAUCUGGUCGGACAUGCAGCGCUCUUGCCAGGAGAACGAGCAGCGCCGCCGGGAGCCAGCGGCCCGGGAUAACGUGGACGACCGCCUCAUCGACGUCUUACUACGUUCCCGGGCCAGGGUCGAGCAAAAGUGGAAGCAGACUGAGAAGGACACAGAGACGAAGGAAGACUUAGAGAGGAACCGCAUCUGGUCGGACAUGCAGCGAUCUCGCCAGGAGAACGAGCAGCGCCGCUGGGAGCAAGCGGCCCGGGACAACAUGGACGACCGCCUCAUUGACGUCUUACUACGCUCCCGGGCCAGGGUCGAGCAGAAGCGGAAGCAGACGGAGAAGGAUGUAAAAGAAGAGAAGUUGCGUGUUCUCGAGAAGAUAAGCCAGAAGCUGGAGUCGGGCGACGCGGCGCGCGAAGCCAAGGACCUGGCCAUCCUCAACAAGGCCAUCAAGGAGAAGGAGGCCAUUGCGGAAGCGCGUCGCGCGGCGGACGAGCGCAAACAGCAAGCGUUCCGCGACGAGCGCGUGGCGCAGCGCCAGCGUUUCCUACGCGACGAGGCGCAGCGCCUCAAGGACUUCAACACCAUGCGCCAGUGGGAGAUCAUGAACAGAUUCAAGAAUGCGGAGUUGUACGAUGACUUCCAGGAAAACCUACGCAAAGAGAAGGAACGCAAGAUACAGGAGUAUAGGGCGGAUAUAUUGCGGCUCUGGAAAGAGCGCGACGACCGCGAAGCGCGCGAGCGAGCGGAAACGCGCUAUUUCUACGGCGAAUUAGCUGAGAAGAAGCUGCGAGAUGCUGAUAACAAGCUGCUGACGCAUGCUGCGGCGCUGGUAGAGGAAGCAGAAGCGCACGACCGCCCGCCCUUGGCGCUGCACAGGGCCGUCGAUCGCUACUGCAAGCUAUACCGGCUAUACCCGAUGCCGGACCUGCCCUCGUCGAUGCAAGAGCACUUCAAGCGGUACGCGCCGUGGGACGGCUCGCGGCCCGACGCCGGGUAUCAAGCGCCCGCGCCGCCGCCGCCCGACCGCGGGCCUGACGCGCCCGAUGAGGACGAGACCGAGGGGACGGCAGGGAUUGACAAGGAGCCAGCGCCGGGCAGGAGGGAUGGACUACAACAACGGUACGCGCCGUGGGACGGCUCGCGGCCCGACGCCGGGUAUCAAGCGCCCGCGCCGCCGCCGCCCGACCGCGGGCCUGACGCGCCCGAUGAGGACGAGACCGAGGGGACGGCAGGGACUGACAAGGAGCCAGCGCCGGGCAGGAGGGAUGGACUACAACAAGUGAGUCUCAUUUGGCAAAUAAACUACAUCAGUAUCUGUGUGAAACGCUGCUGCCCGAUGAAGAAGAGACUGACGCGACCUAUAAGGAGCCAGCAUUGUCGGAGGGAUGGCCUACAGUAG